CUGUUGGUAGUGGUGAAAUGGAGGAAUGUUUGUUGACGACGAAAAAGCACUGACACUCAUGGGCGUUUUCCUAUGUUCUCGUUCUCUUUGAAGAUUUAUUUAUCUUUAAUCGCUGUUAUAGCUCGACUAGCUUAACUAUUAACUCUCUGAAUUGAUUUUUAUUCGUGACAUUUGUCACCUGACGAUUCUAGCCAUGAGGGUGAAUACUCAGACACUUUUAUUGGUUACUGUUGUAGCCUUUGCAUCUCUAAUUCACACUGUUAAUAGCAUACGCUGUUAUCAGUGCUCCUCUGGUCAAGAUCUGAAAGGAGAGGACAACUGUGGAGCUUACAAUAAAUUUGAUAAAAACAAACACAUUGCUAUUGAUUGUAACAGUGAUGAGUCAAGCACACCAGGAUCUUUCUGUAUGAAGGUUACCCAACAGAGUCCGAAAGGAUUCAUUUGGGACGGUCGUUGGCGUCAAGUUAUUCGCCGAUGUGCAUCUGUGUCAGAGACGGGUGUAACAGGUGUCUGCAACUGGGGAGUGUAUGAAAAUGGUGUCUAUUGGGAAGAAUGCUACUGUUCUGAAGACAGCUGCAAUGGUUCAAUUCGUAGUAAAAGUGUUUCAAACCCACUUCUAUUCGGAGCAGUAAUUGCUUUGAUUUCUUUGCCUUUUUGGCGUUUUGUAUCUUAAAUUUGCAGAACAAACUAUGACUCCGUGUUAGAUAUUUGUUUGCACAGUGUAAUAUGCUACAGUAUUUUUUAAAUUUAAAAUAUUGCUAAUAGUUUAUCUGAUAGAAUGUUACCUGAUUCAUAAGAAUUAAAUCAAGGCACAAUCCAUAUCAAUCCCUUAUGUUUCUUUUUUAUGUGUGUUCGAUUUUUUUUACUCAUAUUCUCAUUCUAGAAGUAAGUUUGACAAAAGUUAAGAUGCAUCUAUGUGCUUCCAUAUUAUUAUUUUUAUUUUAAUCUAUUGUCCUGUUUUUUAUGCAUUCUGCUGUUGUCAUGUAAUUUUCUUAUGAGUCUUUUCAAUUUUUAGUCUACAUUUAAGUGCCUCAUUUUCUCAUUUGCGGUCGUGUGUGCAUUCCAUAAUUAUUGAACAAUUUUUCAUUGAAAUGUGAUAACGUAUGUGAGAAAGUUUGAAUGUGAACAAUCACUGAUAUCAUAACUGAAUCUCAUUGUAAUGAACUGAUCCGUCCAGGAGACCAAGAAUGUGUUUUAUACUGUAGUUUACGUGUCACAUCAAGUUAACAGUUUGAUAAAUCUUAUCUUAUCUUAGGAAUUUUUAAGAAGACAAAACUUGUCUGAUUGAAGGGAGAUGUGUUCAAAAGGUGUUCCGUCCAAUUAAAACAAUUGAUGAUUAAUAA